AUGCUUAUUGUUACGCGGUCGGAAGCCAGUGGAGCAAAUGCGUUCUCGUGUCCCACUUGUCCCUACGAAUUUCCAAUAGUAGGUCUUCAGAUGUUCGAGAGAAAAGAGCUUCCUAGAAAAGAAGUGGAUGAUGUUCUCGGAGGUGAAGGUGCUUGGGAUAAUGUUGAUCAGACCAAUGCGCAAUGUCCUGUUGAAAGCUGUGGCUCUAAUCGUGCCUAUUUCUUCCAGAUCCAGAUCCGAUCAGCAGAUGAGCCGAUGACUACCUUCUACAAAUGCUGCAAAUGUGGUCAUAGAUGGAGAGAAAAUUAG